ACCUUUUUGACUUUUCUUGACUACUUUCUGUACUAAAAAGUCCAUGCAUUUACACUACCAACAAUUCAGGCUUUUCACUUCCAUCUUCUAGUAAUUAUAAUAGCCUCUUCUCCCCUAACACUACUGUUUCUUACUAGUUGAACGUAUCAAAAAAUGGGGGGUAAUUCAGACAACAAUGUUCUUGCUGUCAUUGCCAAAAAUAUUGAUGUUCUUGCUUUGCCUCUAGUAUCUCUUGUAUACCCUCUGUAUGCAUCUAUUAAGGCAAUAGAGACAAAGUCUCGUGCAGAUGAUAGACAAUGGCUAACGUAUUGGGUUCUUUAUUCUUUGAUUACUCUCUUUGAGCUUAGCUUUUCUAAGGUCAUUGAAUGGUUUCCAAUAUGGUCUUAUGCAAAGCUAGCUGCAAUCUGCUGGCUAGUUUUACCUUAUUUCAAUGGAGCUGCUUAUGUUUAUGAGAAUUUCAUAAGACCAUUUUACAGAAAUCCACAAGUCAAAAUAUGGUAUGUUCCUCUAAAAAAGGACAUUUUCAGUAAGCCAGAUGAUGUCCUAACUGCUGCUGAAAAAUAUAUUGAAGAACAUGGACCACAAGCAUUUGAAAGGCUUUUAGCCAAGCAGGCUGAUAGAGAUGCAAGAAGCAGGAGGAACAACUACAUGACCUUUGAUGAUGAUUAUCGAUAUUAAUUAGAUUAGUCUUCUUAAUUAGUUAUGUGUGUUACUUAAUUUGAUGAACUAUGUUUGGGUAAUCCGUUGAGUUUCCCUACUCUUAUGUAAGAAUAUUCGAUUUGCUUAAUCUUUCAAGGCUACUUGAAAUGA